CCGCUGUGUCUGUUCGAGAGAGAGAGUGUGUCUGCGUGUGCGUGCGUGCGUGUGUGUGUGUGUGUGUGUGUGUGUAGUUACCAUUACCAUUUUAUUAUGUGUGUGUCUUAUAUUACAGCCAUGCUGAACAUCAGCGGCCAGAGAGAGAGGAGAAGGGAGGAAAAGCCUGUUUACACAGACUGCAAACCGCCUGGGGAAUAGUGCAGUAAAGGAAGUGAGCCGGCUCUCUGUCUGACUGCUCCAACUUCCUGCUCUCUCUCACACACACACAGCAGAAAAAAAGAGAGAGAGAGAGAGAAGGAGAGAGGGAGAGAGAGAGAGGAAAGAGAGAGAGAGAGAGAGAGUGAAAGAAAAAAAGGGGGAAAAAGCAGGAUCUCAUUACAACAGAAACAGACCGUUCGCAGACGCCUGUCAGCAUGGAAAAUCAGGGGAUUUUACUUAGUUCCUCUUAAAAUAUCGCCCAGCAGAAGAAUUGGUGAAAGCUCAUCCGACAUCUGGGUAUGGAGAGUGCAAUCACACUGUGGCAGUUCCUGUUGCAGUUGCUGCUGGACCAGAAGCAUGAGCACUUAAUCUGUUGGACAUCCAACGAUGGUGAAUUCAAACUCCUUAAGGCGGAAGAAGUGGCCAAACUGUGGGGACUACGGAAGAACAAGACGAACAUGAACUACGAUAAGCUGAGCCGCGCCCUGCGGUACUAUUACGAUAAGAACAUCAUCAAGAAGGUGAUCGGCCAGAAGUUCGUGUACAAGUUCGUCUCCUUCCCGGAGAUUCUCAAGAUGGACCCUCACGCCGUGGAGCUGAGUCGGGAGAGCCUCCUGCUGCAGGAGGCCGAGUGCAAGGUGCCCGCCGAGGCGCGGGAGGCGCCCAAGCACGGGCUGCCGGCCCUCAAGAGCGCCGGCCGCAACGAGUACCUGCACUCGGGCCUCUACUCCUCCUUCACCAUUAACUCCCUGCAGAGCCCGCCGGACACUUUUAAGCCCAUCAAAACGGAGAAGCUGGAGGAGCCGCCGGACGGGGGCGCUCCUCCGCUGGACGAGGUCAGGACGGUCAUCAGGUUUGUGACUAACAAGGCCGAGAAGCCCGCCAUGAGGCCCGCGGUGACUCUGCCCUCCACCUCGGAGGCCGCGGCCGCCUCGGCCUUCUUGGCCUCCUCCGUCUCGGCCAAGCUCUCCUCGCUGAUGCUGCCCGGCGCGGCCAGCGUCUCCUCCGCCUCCCCGGCCUCCUCCCGCUCCCCUUCCCUGUCGCCCGCCUCCCCGCUGCCCUCUGACCCCCGGGGCCUCUUCCUCGAGUCCGGCUGCCGGGAUUCGGACUCUCUGGAGCCGCUCAACCUGUCCUCGGGCUCCAAGACGAAGCCUCCGUCCCUCCCCCCGAAGGCUAAAAAACCCAAAGGUCUGGAGAUCUCCGCCCCGCCGCUGGUGCUGUCCGGCAGCGACCUGGGCUCCAUCGCCCUCAACAGCCCCGCCCUCCCCUCGGGGUCUCUCACGCCGGCCUUCUUCACCGCACAGAGUCCAAAUGGAUUGCUGCUGACGCCCAGCCCGCUGCUGUCUAGCAUUCACUUCUGGAGCAGCCUGAGCCCCGUGGCCCCCCUGAGUUCUGCCCAGCUGCAAGGACCCAACACUUUGUUCCAGUUUCCAACUCUGCUCAACGGCCACAUACCAGUGCCAAUCCCCAGCCUGGAUAGAGCCUCUUCCCCAGGACUGCUUUCUUCAAAUGCUCAGAAAUCCUGAUGAUCUCUCUGCAUAAAAGGACUCAUUAAUUGAUAUAAGAAGAAAUCCACCCCAACGGGCCAAUUUUCCUGUGUCGUGACAAGGACAUUGUGAAACCCUGUUACUUUGGUUUGCACUUUCCAUUACUUGGAUAGUCUAGUUUGUUGAGUUAGCAUUUUUCGACAGUUUAUAUAUAUAUGUAUCAGUGUGUGUGUAUAUAUAUAUAAACCUGUUUUGCAUUAAAUGAUUUUUUUUCAUGUUUUUAUAUUCUCUUAGCUCUCAAGUGUUGAACACUGUUGACAGUGAAGAACUUUUCUUAAUGGAUUUCAUUGUAUCUAAUAAGGAUGUGAAGCUUCCCCCCAUCCCCUUAAUUCUGCACUGUGCUUAUAUACACUAUAACCGGCUGUGCCUUCCUUUGCAUAAUGUUUAAUGUUAUGUAAAUGAUUUAUAUAUUUUCUAGUAUAAGAUAAAAUGGUUGAAAGAAAAAAUUUAGUAUCCAACGGCGCUAUGGUAGUGUUGCAUUAUUUUUCACAAGUAGGCAAUAUGAAAGCACAUUCAUAUAACUUUUUACUUCGUGCUUUCAAAUUGUAUACAAAAUUGCCUUAUAAUUUUUUGAACUGAAAGACAAUAGUAAAUCUGUCUAAGGUAAUGAGUUUUUUAUUAAAAAAAAAAAAAAAAAAAAAAGAAUAAACCAAGCCAUAUUUA